AUGGCCUAUGAAUUGAAGAAUAUCCCUAUAUACAAAAAUCAUGAGGCCCCUGCCGAUGGUCCUUCUGUUCGCGACCGUGACGAUGUUCACUUGCAAAGGAUAGGUAAAAAGCCAGUGCUAAAAAGAAAUUUUGGUGUUCUCUCCAUAUUGGGUUUCAGCUGCACUAUCAUCGCGACAUGGGAAGGGUUGUUGGACACUUUUGUUAUUGCUCUGACCAAUGGCGGUCCCGCGGGAGCUGUGUACGCAUUCAUCUUUGCCUGGACAGGAACUACUUGUUGCUUUCUCUUGCUGUCUGAACUGGCUUCUAUGGCGCCUACGUCCGGGGGCCAAUACCAUUGGUGUGCCAUGCUUGCCCCGAGCAGUACUAUGAAAUUUUCCAGCUACAUCACUGGCUGGCUCGCGGUUAUCGGAUGGCAAGCCGCAUUCGCAUCGACCGCUUACCUGUGCGGAACUGAAAUUCAAGGUGCCGCAAUCCUGGCGUACGAAACCUACAAUGCUGAGGCCUGGCAAGGCACACUUAUUAUGUGGGCCAGCCUGCUGCUUGCACUUGGGGUGAACUUGGUUGGAGGCAAGUUCUUGCCGAGGCUCGAGAACCUCAUCCUAGUCGUUCAUAUUUUGGGAUUCUUUGGCAUUAUGAUCCCACUGACAUACAUGUCGGACCAUAAGACAAAGGAGGAGGUUUUUACCCAGUUCCUCAAUGGGGGUAACUUUGCCAGUCAAGGUCUUUCUUGGUUUGUGGGCAUGACUGGGUGUGUGUUUGCCUUCGCAGGAGGUGAUGCUGCAGUACACAUGGCUGAGGAGGUUGCCAAUGCCUCACGAGCCAUUCCUUGCGCUAUCAUGCUCAGUGUUGCGAUCAAUGGAAGUCUCGGAUUUGGCAUGUUGAUCGCAAUGCUAUUCUGUAGCGGCAAUAUCGACGAUGCAUUGAACUCUCCAACCGGCUAUCCUUAUAUCGAGAUUUUCCACCAAGCAACAGGCUCCGUACCAGGGGCCUUGGCUAUGCUUUCCAUAUGCCUCAUCAUCGGAGGAUUUUCAGUCAUUGGCAUGCUUGCUGCAACAUCUCGCCAAUUCUGGUCCUUUGCGCGUGAUCGUGGUGUACCUGGCUGGCGAUUGUGGAGUCAGGUCUCCUCGAGACAUCUCCCAACCUAUUCUGUCUAUUUGACUAUGACUGUCGCCUGGCUUCUUGGCCUUAUCAACAUCGGGUCGGCCGUUGCUUUGAACGAUAUCACCUCGAUGGCUGUCUCUGGCCUGUAUACUUCCUAUCUCGUUGUCGCAGUGCUACUUCUAUACCGACGUUGUCGUGGAGACAUUGCUGCAUACGACGAGAACGCCGAAACUGUCAUCAAUGUCCCCGGCGCACCACUUGUCUGGGGACCGUUCCGCGUGCCGGGAAUCUGGGGCAUAUUGGUGAAUAUCUACGCGUGCAUCUAUAUGGUCAUCGUCAUUUUCUUCAGUUUCUGGCCCUCGGAGAUGAACCCAAGCCUCGAGGAUAUGAACUUCAGCGUGGUAGGGACUGUGGGCGUUGUGAUCUUGGCAAUUGCAUACUAUCUUCUACGGGCUCGGCAUGUAUACAAGGGUCCCGUCUUGGAGGUUGGGUGGUAA